AUGGUGGUGCCCAUUGCAGAGGAUGGAGCACGGAGUGUCCGAGAGAGAGGGCGAGCUAAGCGAGGCAGCCAUCAGCGGAGCCACAUCCAGGCCUUUCACCUGCAGAGGCCAGUCCUUUAUGCGCGCAGAGGGUUGAUCACAGACAUCGAUAAAAAAAGAAAUCUCAUUUGUGGUGCCAGACGUGCUUACUGUCAAUGUCACACAAGGUCUGGAGAGGAGGAGAGCAGAGAGGAGGAGAGCAGAGAGGAGGAGAGCAGAGGAGGAGAGCAGAGGAGGAGAGCAGAGGAGGAGAGCAGAGAGGAGGAGAGCAGAGGAGGAGAGCAGAGGAGGAGAGCAGAGGAGGAGAGCAGAGAGGAGGAGAGCAGAGAGGAGGAGAGCAGAGAGGAGGAGAGCAGAGGAGGAGAGCAGAGAGGAGGAGAGCAGAGGAGGAGAGCAGAGGAGGAGAGCAGAGAGGAGGAGAGCAGAGGAGGAGAGCAAGAGGAGGAGGAGGAGAGCAGAGAGGAGGAGAGCAGAGAGGAGGAGAGCAGAGGAGGAGAGCAGAGGAGGAGGAGAGCAGAGAGGAGGAGAGCAGAGGAGGAGAGCAGAGGAGGAGGAGAGCAGAGAGGAGGAGAGCAGAGGAGGAGAGCAGAGAGGAGGAGAGCAGAGAGGAGAGAGAGAGAGAGAGGAGGAGAGCAGAGAGGAGGAGAGCAGAGGAGGAGAGCAGAGAGGAGGAGAGCAGAGGAGGAGGAGAGCAGAGGAGGAGAGCAGAGGAGGAGAGCAGAGAGGAGCAGAGAGGAGCAGAGGAGAGCAGAGAGGAGGAGAGCAGAGAGGAGGAGAGCAGAGAGGAGGAGAGCAGAGGAGGAGAGCAGAGAGGAGGAGAGCAGAGAGGAGGAGAGCAGAGGAGGAGAGCAGAGAGGAGGAGAGCAGAGAGGAGGAGAGCAGAGGAGAGAGAGAGCAGAGGAGGAGAGAGGAGGAGAGCAGAGGGAGGCAGAGAGGAGGAGAGAGCAGAGGAGGAGAGGAGGAGAGCAGAGGAGGAGAGCAGAGAGAGGGAGGAGAGCAGAGGAGGAGAGCAGAGGAGGAGAGCAGAGAGGAGGAGAGCAGAGAGGAGGAGAGCAGAGAGGAGGAGAGCAGGAGAGGAGAAGAGAGCAGAGAGGAGGAGAGCAGAGAGGAGGAGAGCAGAGGAGGAGGAGAGCAGAGAGGAGGAGAGCAGAGAGGAGGAGAGCAGAGGAGGAGAGCAGAGGAGGAGAGCAGAGGAGGAGAGAGAGGAGGAGAGCAGAGAGGAGGAGCAGAGGGAGGAGGAGAGCAGAGGAGGAGAGCAGAGAGGAGGAGAGCAGAGAGGAGAGAGCAGAGGAGAGGAGAGAGAGAGGAGGAGAGCAGAGGAGGAGAGCAGAGGAGGAGAGCAGAGGAGGAGAGCAGAGAGGAGGAGAGCAGAGAGGAGGAGAGCAGAGAGGAGAGGCAGAGGAGGAGAGCAGAGGAGGAGAGCAGAGGAGGAGAGCAGAGGAGGAGAGCAGAGAGGAGGAGAGCAGAGAGGAGGAGGAGAGAGAGAGGAGGAGAGCAGAGAGGAGGAGAGCAGAGAGGAGGAGAGCAGAGAGGAGGAGAGCAGAGAGGAGGAGAGCAGAGGAGGAGAGCAGAGAGGAGGAGAGCAGAGGAGGAGAGCAGAGGAGGAGAGCAGAGGAGGACAGAGGAGAGCAGAGGAGGAGGAGAGCAGAGAGCAGAGGAGAGAGAGAGAGAGGAGGAGAGCAGAGGAGGAGGAGGAGAGAGGAGGAGAGAGCAGAGAGAGGAGAGAGGAGAGCAGAGGAGGAGAGCAGAGGAGGAGGAGAGCAGAGAGGAGGAGAGCAGAGAGGAGGAGAGCAGAGAGGAGGAGAGCAGAGAGGAGGAGAGCAGAGGAGGAGAGCAGAGGAGGAGAGCAGAGAGGAGGAGAGCAGAGAGGAGGAGAGCAGAGGAGGAGAGCAGAGAGGAGGAGAGCAGAGAGGAGGAGAGCAGAGAGGAGGAGAGCAGAGAGGAGGAGAGCAGAGGAGGAGAGCAGAGAGGAGGAGAGCAGAGGAGGAGAGCAGAGAGGAGGAGAGCAGAGAGGAGGAGAGCAGAGGAGGGGAGCAGAGAGGAGGAGAGCAGAGGAGGAGAGGAGGGGAGCAGAGAGGAGGAGAGCAGAGAGGAGGAGAGCAGAGGAGGAGAGCAGAGGAGGAGGAGAGCAGAGAGGAGGAGAGUAGAGGGGAGGAGAUGAGAGAAGAGGAUAUCUGA